GCCUGGACGACUAGAGGCUCUAGGCAAACCGAGUAACCUUGGCGGGCGCCGGGAGUCUGCCAGCUUCCCUCCAUCCCUGGGUCGCUUCACUACAGAAUUUCAAAGUUGCCCUGGGUAUUCCUCUCUAGUCAAGUUGAUAGACAAAGUUGCCAAUAGGACCCCAUGACUCUUUCCGUGAGGACGCAGACCAACUCCGAACUUAGUGUAAUCGCGUCGCUUUUAUCUGGCCAAUCACGCCCUCAACUAAGAAGUUAUACUCCUUCUUUAAAAUACCGACAACGUUUUAUUGGAGCCUCAACGCCUCUCUUCAAAACAGCUAAAGACAUUGACCGGAAACUAGCCUUUCUUAGCCGUUGUUGAGGGGAGCGGGGCAUACCAUGCUACAUUCGCGCCUGCGGCCAGCUCCCCGCCGCAAUCCCUCUACGACCACCACCGCGCCUGCGGCUCCAGCGCUAGGCUUUCAUGAUGCGGAUGAGAGCGCGUACGUCGAAGAAUUUCCCGAGGAUGUCUUCGGUGCCUUCCUGCCUCAUCUUUUUCCCGACGAUGCGCCUUCGUUCCAUGGUGAUCCCGGCCAGUGCCUCCUUUACUCGUCCCCGCGCUAUGGCGAGCUAGAGAUCAUGAUUCCGUCCUAUCCAGGCCAGACUGGGAAGCAGUCAGAAGAGGUCGCGAUCGGACUAGGGAAGGAAGAGGGGGGUACUGAGGCUAAAGAGGAGAGACAGCUGUUUGCGCAUUUUCUAUGGAGUGCGGGGAUGGUUAUAGCGGAAGGUGUUGAGAAUGCGGAUUGUCAGGCUACGGAAAACGACUCUGUCUCGCAGAAAGAGGCUCGUGAGAUCUGGUCUGUGUCUGGGGAAACGGUGAUGGAACUCGGGGCUGGCGCCGCUCUGCCGUCUCUUAUCUGUGCGCUCGCCAAUGCCUCGCUGGUCGUCAUAACGGACCAUCCUUCCUCACCAGCUCUAACUGGUGCAAUCGAGUUCAAUUUGAAGCAGAACCUGCGCAAACCUCAAACUUCACAAAUGACUACCGUUUCUAUCCAGCCCCACGAAUGGGGAACUCUGACCGACUCCUUCUCUCAAUCCUACAGAGGGACUUUUACCCGUGUUAUUGCUGCAGACUGCUAUUGGAUGCCCUCGCAGCAUGAGAAUCUCGCCCAAACGAUGCAGUGGUUCCUUGCCCCAGGAGGUAGAGUCUGGUGUGUGGCUGCGUUCCACACGGGCCGGGCUAUCGUGGCGGGCUUCUUUGAGAUUGCGCUUGAGAACGGUCUUGAGAUUGAGCGGAUCUUCGAGAGGGAUAUAGUCUCAAGUGAUGAGGAGGGCCGGGAGAUUCGGCGGGAGUGGGUUCCCUGGCGGGAGGACGAGAACCCUGAGACUAUGCAACGGUGGUGUGUCGUUGCUGUUCUGAAGAGGAGAGAAGACACUGGAGAUGAGAUUGGACGAUAAACCUCAUUUGCAUUGCGUAGCAUAUGGUAAUACAGAAGCUACAUGGCUAAUAUCACCCUUUUCAUCUAUGAUGUGUAUGUGAUAGACCGAAGGUUUACCAAAUCUAGGCAGAUAUACUCAUGUAUAGAUAAAAGCCUUCACAAAGAAAGACCGAUUUGACAGAA